UGAGGCGGCGGCCGGCGGCGGGGCGCGCGCUCACUCGGAGGCCGGGCGGCGGGCGGCAGGACGCGCCCGCGGGGUCGCGCACCAUGCCCUCGUUCGACGAGGCGCUGCAGCGGGCCGGCGAGUUCGGGCGCUUCCAGCGGCGCGUGUUCCUGCUGCUGUGCCUGACGGGCGUCACCUUCGCCUUCCUCUUCGUCGGCGUGGUCUUCCUGGGCAGCCGGCCCGAGCGCUACUGGUGCCGCGGGCCGAGCGCCGCCGCGCUGGCCGAGCGCUGCGGCUGGAGCCCGGAGGAGGAGUGGAACCGCACGGCGCCCCCCGAGCGCGGCGGCGACGCCGGCUGCCGGCGCUACCUCCUGGAGGCGGCCAACGGCAGCGCGGCGGCGGCGGGCGCGCUCAGCUGCGCCGACCCGCUCGCCGCCUUCCCCAACCGCUCGGCGCCGCUCGUGCCCUGCCGGGGCGGCUGGCGGUACGUCCAGGCCCACUCCACCAUCGUCAGCGAGUUUGACCUCGUGUGUGUCAAUGCUUGGAUGCUGGACCUCACACAAGCCGUCCUAAACCUGGGCUUUCUGGCCGGAGCCUUCACCUUGGGUUAUGCGGCGGACAGGUACGGCAGGAUAGUCAUUUACCUGAUAUCCUGCUUCGGUGUUGGCGUCACCGGUGUUGUGGUGGCGUUCGCACCAAAUUUCCCCGUGUUUGUGACCUUCCGCUUCCUACAAGGUGUGUUUGGAAAGGGCACGUGGAUGACCUGCUACGUGAUCGUAACAGAAAUAGUAGGUUCAAAGCAAAGGAGAAUUGUGGGGAUAGUAGUCCAAAUGUUCUUCACCCUUGGAAUCAUAAUUCUCCCUGGAAUUGCCUACUUUAUCCCCAGUUGGCAAGGGAUCCAGCUAGCCAUAACGCUGCCCAGCUUUCUCUUCCUCCUUUAUUACUGGGUGGUUCCUGAAUCUCCUCGCUGGCUGAUUACUCGGAAGAAAGGAGAUAAAGCAUUAAAAAUUCUGAGGAACAUUGCCAAAUGCAAUGGGAAGUAUCUCUCACCAAAUUACUCAGAGAUCACUGUUACAGAUGAGGAAGUUAGUAACCCAUCCUUUUUAGAUCUGGUGAGGACUCCCCAAAUGAGGAAGUGCACACUUAUUCUUAUGUUUGCUUGGUUCACAAGUGCCGUGGUUUAUCAAGGACUCGUCAUGCGCCUGGGGAUUAUAGGAGGCAACCUGUAUAUCGACUUCUUCAUCUCGGGAGUUGUGGAGUUGCCUGCAGCCCUCUUGAUCUUACUGACCAUUGAGCGUUUUGGACGCCGCCUUCCCUUUGCGGGAAGCAACGUGGUGGCAGGCGUGGCCUGCCUUGUCACCGCAUUCUUACCAGAAGGAAUACCGUGGUUGAGAACCACAGUGGCUACCCUGGGAAGACUAGGGAUUACCAUGGCCUUUGAAAUUGUUUAUUUGGUAAAUUCAGAAUUGUACCCAACAACAUUACGAAACUUCGGAGUUUCUCUCUGCUCGGGUUUAUGUGAUUUUGGGGGAAUCAUAGCCCCAUUUCUGCUCUUCCGGCUGGCGGCCAUUUGGUUAGAACUACCUCUUAUCAUCUUUGGUAUCCUGGCAUCUGUCUGCGGCGGGCUUGUGAUGCUCUUGCCUGAAACCAAGGGUAUCGCCUUGCCAGAAACAGUGGACGAUGUAGAAAAACUUGGCAGUCCAUAUUCCUACAAAUGCGGCAGGAGAAAGAAAACCCAAGUUUGCAGCUCGCACCUUUGAGGCCCCCCCUGCCAAAGACAGAAGGGAGGGGCUCUCUAGGUCGAUGUCUCUCAAGGAACCGAUGUGCCUUGCACACACGUGCGUGUUGUCCAUUUUAGCCACAUUAUGCCGCGCGGCUCUAAGUGUUCGUCAUGCUGUACAAAGACAUUCAAACUGCCCAGAGUAUUUUUAUAUGAUGUCGGAUGAAUUAGGAUUUAUGGCGCUAGGGAACUUGCCGGGCGCACAGAGUAUGCGGCUGGUUUAGCCAAGAGCCUGUUGCACACACAGCGCCCCCCGCCCCAGUUUUUGUCUAAAGUUGGGGCAGCAGGUCUGACCCAGUUAUAGAGGGACGAGAGACACCUUCACCAAGUUCUCACGACUGCUUGCUCCAUCAAAGAUGAAGGACGUGCAAACCAGGGGUCGGGGCAAAGUGUCCAGAGCGGGUUCGUCAAAGCUGAUCGACGCACGAAAGCUCCGAGCUGAGCGUUCUGAAGAUUCCAGGGAGGAUGAAGAAUUGGAAAUCCUGCCUGUGAAGAGACUGAAUCUAAGGACCCUGGGCCACGUGGUACUGAGGCUUUCCUUUCUCUUCUUGUUUUGCCCUGUGGGAGCCACUGUCGCGUCUGGGCCUGCGGGCAUGCUCGGGCCUUGUUCCGUGAUCAUGAACAAAUCCGCUGUACAAUUUGAGGAUUUGACCCUAUUGUUUUCUUAAAUCAGAUUUGGGCCUCAGAAGAUAGAGCCACCAUGGAUUCUGACUUCGUGGGUCUGAAGAUUUUAAUCUUGAAGGGAUAUUUAUCUUACAUCUUGUGAGUUCAGUUCUGUGAUGCCGCCCAUGGUCAAGGGUGAAAACCAUGGACUGUUCUCAUUCAACCUUGACACGGUUAACCUGUCUUGGGAAGCAGCUUACACUUUAAUUUAAAAGUAAGGUCAAUUUAUAUCCAGGUUUAAAAGAAUUGGGAGACGCUUUAGAAGUGAUGUCCUAGACACUAAUAAGGGAUUUGAUCUUUCUUUUUUUGUUACUGAGACUUUUGAAAUGCAGAGCUUAAAUACAUAUCUGUUACCUUUUCCUGCUGUUCUGCUUUGUGUGUUAUAUUCGUGGUAUUUCCGAUUCAGUAUAGAUCUUACGCAGAAGUUGUUCAUGAGUUAUUUUGUGUGGACAGACAAAACGAGCACCGAGGAGUCUUGCCAACGAAGAAGACAAUUCUUUGUGAACACAUGACAGUAGGUACGGGGUGUGGGCUAAUUGGAAAACAAGUUUUGUAAUCCUCCAGCACAACAGGACUGAACACGAAUGUUUUAUUUUCCCCUGAAAUAAACACUGCUCUUUGGGGACUUCAUGCUGCCGUCACCCUGUAUUCGUCCACACUUGCGGUGUCGCUGUUUUCGCACUUCUCCAUGCUGGAAGAUGACUAUUCCUCCUCGAUACUCUCACCUUUGAAUUGCAUCUUGAGUGGCUAUUUUGGUUCCGGUCACAAUAAAAAAGUGUUGAAUUGUCAAGAACAA